AUGACCUUAGUGCUGCAGCAGGCAGUGGUUCGGACCGCUAAGCCGGAGAUCCACGUGGUGGCUGUGUCUUCCAAUCCGCAUUUCUGUCUUGUUUCUGUCUAUCACUACGCCAACCCUACCUUUCACAAAUUCAUCGGCGCCAAUCGUCGUUCUACACAGGAUGCUGCGACUCCAACAGUGAUCUCAAAUACUGCUGAAAAGUCUACCCAGCCACCCACGGUCAUCCCGCAUUCUCUACUCGCUGCAGUUUCGACUCGGACAUUAGGAUCGACAAAUUUCGGCGUCGAGGGAUACAAAAAAAGGGCUCUUGAGCUCGCCAUAGUUACGCAUACAGAGAGGACCUUUGUCGUCUAUACCUGUGAAACGACGAUGGUGCUCUUAACGCCAUUCAAUAGUGCUUACUUCGUCGCGUCGACGUUGAACAUUGCAAGACUGCCAGCUGGCUUGCAGGGCGUGGCUUCCGUUGGAUCAAGCUUGCGCGAGGGACACUGGUGCAAGUAUGGGAGCUUAUCACCGUGUAAACGCGCUGUUCGUCCCGAGUUACACCGCAAGACCCAUGCGCUGAGUCUUUCGCCGACGGAUAGGGAUGCAUGUGUGGAACGUCGUGGCUUGGAUAAAACGGAGCGUGGCAUCCUCCAACCUCAAGUUGCCGGAACCAGUUUUUGCGGUGAUGAUGAUUGUCUUUUCCCAGCACCACCGCAUCGGGUCUGGUCAAAUGGAAUAGUGUUCCUCUCCUUCGUCUCAUUCGCCAUCCGGCGCUAUACUAUCCACACGCGGUCCGUGGGCAUCAAUUAUCGUGAGAGACCAAAAGACAGUCCUGAUAUCGAAGGAGGGGUGCUAUGUGGUUUCGUCGAGCUUGCUAAAUUAGUUCAUCCUAUCCGGUUGCGUCCUGGCCCAUCGGCUUGUGCCUUAUGGAUCAAGAUUGCGUGGGAGAUCAUCAUCGCACAAAGUUUUAACGCACGCGUUUUGUUCACACCGAGCUACACGCGGAACCAUGCGUACGCGAGCUAUUUCGUGCGCUCCAAGAAGACAGACGCUAUACACUGGUGUGAGGACAAGGAUCUUCCUAAGCAGAAGUGUUAA